AUGACAUUUUCGUUUCGACAUAAUAUUCAGAGAAAUGUUCAACCAUAUUCUUCGAUCCUACCGCAAUUAUCGAAACCCAUGCUGCGGGUCUUAAUUCAAGUUUCCGUGCAUUAUAUAGAGACAAAAAAAUCAUGUUCCGAAGUGCUGUCCCUUGCAAAGAGCAAACUGACAAAUGCCGGCCAUGAAGUUCCUGGAGACUUUUGCGAGCUCUUUACUAUAGUGUUUUUGAUGAUGCAAAUAUUUUUGCGCUAUCCAAAAGGAGUGGUAAAGGCUGACGAGCUACGAAAAUGCCUAAUGGUUGAUUUAAGGUUUUCGGAAGAAUGCGUUGAAGAUAUCUGCACAGUUAUUUUCCAUCAUCGAGAGAUACUUAGUAAAAAUUACUCGGAUACCAAAUUAGAUCGUGUUAAAAUGUUAAACGUGAAGUGGAGGAUCAACAUUUCUUUGACUUUAAGUACUAUCCAAGAUAAAACGACCGUAGUACUGCACUUCAAGCUCCCGAGUGGAGAUUUUCGAACUCUGGAGUUACCACUGUCCACGUUUCAACGAUUGCGUUACAGUAUUACUUUAUUACUCAAUGAUCUGCAGCAUUUGCAAAGUCGAUCAAUCUUAAAAUAAUAUAGAAGUAAAUAUGUUUAUUGACACUAUUAAGGUAUCAGCAGUUUCCCUGACUUUUUUUCUGUUCCAACACUCUCCAUAUUUAACAAAACAGGUCAGGAUUGAAACUUCAGGUAAUUGGACCCCCAAAGGUAUACUUAUAUUGCUAUCCUACUCCACCAGAUUUGAGUGCCAAUCAAGAUUAAAAGUGCUUAAGACGUGAUAAAUCCUAAGUGUGUCAACACUUUUGUUACCCUUAUUUUAGACAUUUUUUUUGUUUAAAUUUUUUUACUUAAUAUUGCAAUAAAAUUACGCUUAUUAAAAUGA